AUGGCCACAAAUUCUUCACCAUUUUUUUAUGCAGAUGAUGAAGAAGAAGAAUACAUAGACAUGGAUUUGAGCUUUUCAUACAGCUCCUCAAGUUUUUCCCCACAAAGCAAAGAUUUUGAGUUCCAAAUGUCCUCCAUUUGCAAUAACAAUGGUAACACCACUUCCUCGGCUGACGAACUCUUCUACAAAGGCCAACUCCUCCCUCUCCACUGCCCCCCACGGCAGCAAGUGGUUCAAAACCUCCUCCAAACCUCCACCACCACCGCCGCCUUUGAGACCUCUGAACAGGGCUUUAAAGAAGAACAUCAGCACAAUACACUAUUCAUCACUUGCUCUACCAACACAAGCUCCCCAGCAGUGGAGUCCUGUAGAGUGAGUUGUGAAUUGAACCCGGACAAGAAUUUCUUCGAAUGGUCUGCUGAAUUAAGCAGUUUCAUCAAUAAGCAGCAUUUAAAGAAUUCUUGGUCCAAGAAGAUGAAACUCAUUAAGCAAUCCAUACUUGUUCAGAAGCUUAAGGCUUCAAGGGCUUAUCUGAAAUCUCUAUUCAGCAAGUCUGCAUGCAAUUUAGAAGCCAAAAACUUGCCAAAAAUUGAUAAAUCUUCAAAUAACGAGUAUUCUGAGUUCACCAGGCAAAAACCAUAUGGGAGUAUUGGAAAAUCUUCAUGCCCAACAAUGUCAAUAUCUUCUAUAAUGAAGAGCAUUGAUAAAGAGGGAGUUGGGAAUAAUAAUAACAAUAAUAUCCGCAGGAGGUCAUUCUCCGGGGCAAUCAGUCGACACUCUGCAACUACGCGUUCGUCUUUUUCUUCAUCUAUUACUUCAUCUGGAGCUUCGUCUUCGUCUUCUUCUUCCUCGUUUAAUUCCAGUGGUUUUCAAGAAUUACAUUUUCUCAAGAGGAGCAGCAGUGCCACUGAGAUUGAACGUUCAAUAGAGGCAGCCAUUGCUCACUGCAAGAAAUCUCAACAGAUUUCUGAGUCAAGAAAUAAUACAUCAAGGGAUCCCGCAUUUUGUUCAAUCUAA